CAUCUCAGAUCAACUGCAUAUAUUUUUCUUCUUCAAUCUCUCCAUGAUCAAGCCUUUUGUGUUGUUAUCCAAAAGGAUGAUCAUCUUCUUGUAUAGGGCCCUUAUUAGAAACAGGUGGGUGAUCUCAGGAAAGAAGCUGAUUGCGGGAAUAUUUCGUUAUUUGAUACUGUCUGCAGGGCUGCUGUGGCGACUUGAAAACGACCGCGACUAUUCAGGCAGGAAGAAAAUCAUCAUGAGGGGAAAGCAGGUUUCAGGAAGAGCCAUGUUGGUGCUAUGUCUUGCAAGUUUUCUUGCAGGAUCACUGUUUUGUGCUAGCCGCAUGACAUGGACCACUCAACCAUCUUCUGAUCCGAACAAAGAAGCUCAUCAAUUUCCCAUCAUUUCCAACCAGUUGAAGAAGCUAGAGGCCUCUGUCAAACAAGAUUGUGAUCACAAGCGGAAAUUGGUUGAAGGAAAAUCGGAAGAUGACAUAAUGGGGGAGGUGACAAAAACCCAUCAAGCUAUCCAAUCACUGGAUAAAACAAUUUCAAGGUUGGAAACGGAAUUAGCAGCAGCAAGAGCAAACCAAAGAUUAGAUGGACAAGUCAAGUUAGACGGAGCAUCAAACAAAGCCAGUCCUCCUAAACAAAAAGCUUUUGUUGUCAUUGGAAUCAACACAGCUUUUAGCAGCAAGAAACGACGAAAAACAGUUCGAGAAACCUGGAUGCCUAAAGGAGAUGAGCUAAAGAAGCUGGAGAAGGAGAAAGGGAUUGUUAUAAGGUUCGUGAUAGGGCAGAGUGCCACGCCGGGGGGCAUGCUUGAUAGAGCAAUUGAAGCAGAAGAGGCAGAGCACAAGGACUUCCUUAGGCUCAACCACGUGGAGGGCUACCAUGAGCUCUCCACCAAGACCCGCUUGUAUUUCUCCACUGCCAUCUCCAUUUGGGAUGCUGACUUUUAUGUUAAGGUCGACGAUGAUGUCCAUGUUAAUCUCGGAAUGGUAGUGAUUGCACUUGCAAGCCACCGGUCCAAACCCAGAAUUUAUAUUGGUUGCAUGAAGUCAGGCCCAGUUCUUUUUCACAAAGGGGUCAAAUAUCACGAGCCAGAGUAUUGGAAAUUUGGUGAAGAAGGAAACAAGUAUUUCAGGCAUGCCACUGGCCAAAUCUAUGCUAUCUCUAAGGACCUGGCUGCCUACAUCUCCAUCAAUUUGCCCAUAUUGCAUAGGUAUGCCAAUGAGGAUGUAUCAUUGGGCGCCUGGUUAAUUGGGCUUGAAGUUGAACAUGUGGACGACCGCUCCAUGUGUUGUGGGACCCCUACAGAAUGCGAAAGGAGGGCAGAAGCAGGUAACGUAUGCGUGGCUUCAUUCGAUUGGAAGUGCAGCGGGAUAUGUGAUUCUGUGGAGAGGAUGAAAGACGUGCAUAACUUGUGCGGGGAGGGAAAUGGUGCUGUUUGGAACAUUGAUCUUUGAUUUCAAUACCUAUUAAUAUUAUAUAUAUAUAUAUGGUCUACUCUAGAGACUAGAGAUGAAAAUAGAGAGAGAGAGAGAGAGAUAGAGUUACAAAAUCCUCG